ACAACGCACGAAAAACAAAACAAAUAAGUCAAGAACAAAAACAAAACAAAAAGCAAAGCAAAACACAAGACACACAAAUUUGUUUGCCACCCAACCUGCCUCUCGCCCACUUGCAAUACUUCUCGCCAUGCGCCGCCGCCUGCUGCUUAACUUGUAGAACUCAAGAUGAAAGCUCAAACGCUGCUUGCCUUUUCCGCUGUGCUCUGUGCCUGCUUCUCGCUGAGCGCCGCCUGCUCCUCGCGUGCCAUAGCCAAGCCCCGUCCGGAGGCAGCGCCGACAUCGCCUCCGCCCGAUAAUGUCAUCGCACUGACCACCACGUCGAGGCCGAACAUCACGUUCCCGAUCUACAGCUGCCCGCCCACAUAUGCCGCCUGGUAUUGCCUGAACGACGCCACCUGCUUCACCGUGGAGAUUCACAACGAGAUUCUGUACAAUUGCGAGUGCGCGUUGGGCUUCAUGGGUCCGCGCUGCGAGUACAAGGAGAUCGACGGCUCCUAUCUGCCCACGCGCAAUCGUGUGCUGCUGGAGAAGGCGAGCAUUGUGAGCGGAGCCACGCUCGCCGUCAUCAUUAUGGCCAUGUGCUGUGUGGUGCUCUACUUGCGGCACGAGAAGCUGAAGAAGGAGAAGCUGCACUGCAACAGCAACGGGAAUGAUGUGGGUGAUCUGGGCUUCGAGAAUGCGGGCGUCGAUCAAGUGGAUGGCUUUAAGCCGCUGCGCAUAGCGCGUCGUCCCUUUGGGCCGCAUCAUUGUCGCAUCGCCACAUUGGAGCAGGCCUAUCGUCUGUCAACUGCCAGCCAUGAGCGUGCCAGGCACUAAUCUGCGCUAACGACUAAUCUUUCAAAUUGUUUAACUGUUUUCAUUUUAUUACAAAUAACUGAUUUAUAACUUGAAUUAAGCGAUUCCAUCGAAGUGCCUUUCGAUUAUGCAGCUAACGCAAUAAGUAUUAUUAACUGAAAUGCAAUGCAAUUUUGGCAGCGAGCCGCCCAUUUAUUAAUAAUACGACUAAUUUAAUGAU